GCACUUUAACCCGGACUCCAGUCCGCCUCGGAGGAACAAUCCACGCAUAAUGCAACAGAAAGGCAUGAGACUUAUAUUUACUGUAUAAAGCAAAACGCAAAACGGGUUCUUGGUUCCCAACCCUAGCCGAGACUAGAGGCAUGUUGAGAGGAGCGCGUGGUUUUAUAGUUAGGAAAGAUUUACUAUGCGCGUGCCAGACUCCGCCUCCCUUAGAGUACGUCAUUGGCGAGUACCAGCCAAGGGGAGUCACUCCCCUGCCUACUUUUAAUAGCUUUGUCAUGUGAUGGAAAGCAGUUGUAAGACAGGUGCCCUCGGUUCAUUGUCAGUGAGGGGCGGCAGGGAACGAGUGGAUUUUCUCUUUUGCCCGUGAUUUCUAUUUUAUUUUUUCGUGCCGUCAUUCAGGGGCUGGAUGGCGUGGGACAGGUGUAAUCAAGAUUCGGUGUGGAGAGAACUAGAGUGUGCUGCCUUGGUUGGUGAAGACCAGCCUCUUUGCCCGGACCUGCCUGAGCUUGACCUCUCUGAGCUGGAUGUCAGUGACCUCGAUGCAGAUAUUUUUCUGGGAGGACUCAAGUGGUACAGCGACCAAUCAGAAAUCAUUUCCAGUCAGUACGGCAAUGAAACAUCGAACCUGUUUGAGAAGAUAGAUGAGGAAAAUGAGGCCAACUUGCUGGCAGUGCUCACAGAAACCCUGGACAGUAUCCCAGUGGAUGAAGACGGGUUGCCUUCGUUCGAGGCCCUGGCAGAUGGGGACGUGACCAAUGCCAGUGAUCAGAGCUGUCCUUCCACCCCAGACGGCUCACCACGCACCCCAGAGCCAGAGGAGCCUUCCCUGCUGAAGAAGCUCCUCCUGGCGCCUGCUAACUCCCAGCUCAGCUAUAAUCAAUACCCAGGUGGCAAGGCACAGAACCAUGCAGCCAGCAACCUACGGAUCAGACCAACACCUGCUGUUGCCAAGACAGAAAACCCCUGGAACACCAAACCACGAGGGGCCUGUCCCAACCGGUCUGUGAGACACCCUUGCACUGAGCUGCUCAAGUACCUCACCUCUAGCGACGAGGCCUUCCAGACCAAAGCCAGGGAAGCCAAGGGCACCUGGACAGGUUGUGGCAAGGACAGGGGAGGGGCUUGCACAUCCUCCUGCUCAUCAUCUUCCUCUCCUUCAUCCUCGUCUACCUCCUCUUUCUCCUCCCUGUCAUCCUGCUCCUCUUCCACCUCCAAAAAGAAGACACCCUCUGCCUCCCCUUCAUCGCAGCAGCAGCAGGAGCAGCAGCUGGCAGUGCAGGCCCAGCGAGGUGAGAGCCAGGCAGCCGGCACGUGUAGUGUGGCUGGUGAGGGGGCGGGGAAGUGGCGGCGGUGUACUCAAGGGGAGCACUCCGCACCCUUUGGGCUGUCCCACAGAGACCAUGCCUGCUCCGGCGAAGAGGGGAGGCAGCCAGGCCUGCAGCCAGGUGUUGACUCAGGCAGCUUGGCCGCUGCCCACUUUAUUAGGUAUAUGCACUCUUACUCUCUCCCGCCUAGAGAGAUGGGUCAUGCAGGCAGCUGUGGUCAUUGCCUUGAGGUAGGCGGCUUGGCUGAGGCUGGCUGUGCGAAUAGGCAUGUAACGGUGACCAUUAGGAAAAGGAGGCAAGAGCUAGAGCACCCCAUGCUCAGUCAGCUGCUCACCUCCAGGCCCAGGCCGGCCCGUUACCGGGCUCACCUGCAGUUGCCCAGUGUCCCCCAGAAUAAAAGGCGAGACCUACCUGACACAACUUCUAGAGUCCAAGAGAUCCAUGGAAAAUUAGAGCAAGCUAGUAGUGAGCACCCUAGAAAGGCACCUAGCUUAAACGAGCAGGCAUUCAGUGUGGCUGACCAGAGCGAUCUUGAGUGUUCAGCACAGCUUAAAUUAGACCUAGAGAGCUGGUUAAGCAUGCCAGAACAGGUGACAGGAGACAGCUUGCAUGAUCUAGUGGGCCAAGCUGGGGAGGAUGUUUUUGAUGAUGUCAUAGGCAGCCCUAUGUCAUUCUCACAGGGCCUGCCAAGCCCAUUGUUCCCAGACUCUUUAGUUCCAGAGAGCACACCCUCCGACUCACAAAAACAGGCACUCCGCAAGCACCUUGAUGACCAAGUCCCACCAAUGUUAGCCAAACCAACCAUCUUGCCACUUCCUUUGACCCCAGAGUCUCCAAAUGACCACAAGGGAUCUCCGUUUGAGAACAAAACCACUGAACGCACACUGAGUGUGGAGAUCUGUGGAACCCCAGGUCUGACACCACCUACCACGCCUCCUCACAAAGCCAGUCAAGAGAACCCUUUCAAAGUAUCACUCAAAAACAAGCUGUCUUCAUGCUCUCCCUCGGCCCUGACAAGCAAAAGGCCCAGGCUGAGCAAUGGGGGCUCUUGCCCUCAGCCAACCAGUGGCUCUAUUCGAAAGGGCCCAGAGCAGACCGAGCUAUAUGCCCAGUUGAGCAAGGCAUCCUCCACAAUGCCCCUAGGGGGCUUGGAAGAGCGUCGGGGCAAGCGGCCCAUGCCCCGCGUCUUUGGCGAUCACGACUAUUGCCAGUCUACAAGCACAAAACGAGACAGCACCACUACAGCUGCAGCAUUAACUUGGCCAGUGGAGGGCCGGCAUGUGGAAUGUAAAGACUCGAACAUGCCAACCUCCUCUGCUUCUACUUCAUCGUUGUCUUCCGCCUCCCCUUCGUCUUCCUUUCUGGCCCGGCAGCUUCAGGGCGUUUCCCCCAAAGCUCAGGGGGCUUGUCCGGACAUGGAUGCUCACGGACAGGACCACGACUCCACUUCGGGCUCCAGAACGUCAGUAGAUGGCAGCUCUGCUGGCAGGAAACUACUUAGGGACCAGGAGAUUCGGGAAGAGCUCAACAAGCACUUUGGAAAGCCUCCACAAGCCUUCUAUAGCAGGAUAGUUGGAGAACAGAGGAGCAUCCGGCCUUUAGAGGACAGAGUUGGAUACCUCAGUCUUCUUAAUGAUUACAUACACCCGGGUUUGCCUGACUUUGACGACCUGGAGGUAGGCCGGGAGCACCUGCUCUACUUGGGGGAAGGUUCUUCACUUGAGCUGCUCCUCGAAGGGUCGCCCUCCAGCUCCCCUUCCAGCAGUUCAUUCUCAUGGAGCUCUGUCUCGCCUCCAUCCACUCAGCUCUCACCACAGCACCUCCGCUGGCCACGCUCUAUCUCCCGCUCCUGUUCCUCAUCUCACCACAGACGCAGAUCCCUCUCCAGGUCUCCAAACUCCCGCUCCGAGUCCCCUGACAACUGUUCUCCCUCUUGGUCUCCUCACAAUAUGGACAAUAGCACUUUUAUUCCCAGGAUUUAUAGAAGCCCUCAAUCCCAGGCUCAUUCUAUUUUUGGUCGGAGACCCAGGUAUGACAGCUAUGAAGAAUACCAGCAUGUGCGUCUGAAGCGGGAAGAGUACAGACGUGACAAUGAGAAGCGGGAAUGUGAGCGGGCCGAGCAGAGGGAGAAACAACAGCAAAAAGCAAUAGAGGAGAGGCGAGUGGUGUAUGUGGGACGUCUUCGUACCGACAGCACACGCACAGAGCUCAAACGCCGCUUUGAAGUCUUCGGCGAAAUUGAGGAGUGCACAGUCAACUUGAGACAUGACGGGGAUAACUUUGGCUUCAUCACCUACCGCUACACUUGUGAUGCGCUCGCUGCCCUUGAGAAUGGACACACCUUGCGCAGGUCGAAUGAGCCUCACUUUGAGCUCUGCCUUGGUGGACAAAAGCAGUACAGUAAAUCGAAUUACACUGACUUAGAUUCCCAUUCUGAGGACUUUGAUCCAGCCUCCACUAAAAGCAAGUACGACUCCAUGGAUUUCGACAGCUUGUUGCAGGAGGCCCAGUAUAGCCUGAGAAGGUAAUGAGCUGCACCGCUGCAAAGAGAGGGAUUCGCAAUACCUCACUGUUGUUUCUGUUCUUUGAAUACAAGACUACAAGACGUUUUACACUUUAUCAAAGUGGAAAGAGUAUAUGUGGAUGAAAAAGCUCUACGUAUAUGAAGGGAUAUAUAUGUAUAUCUACAAGCAAAGUUUACAUGAACCUAGCUGCUGCAACGCUGAGGAGAAACUUUCCCUGUGGGAAUAGCCAGUGAAGUGGCGGACACUACUUUAGUGGACUACACAGAUAUGUGGGCCGCGUGAGACUCUGGAAGAGACACGAAUCUUCAUCAGAGUUCGCUCCACAUGCCACAUCAUCCUCGGCACUUUCGAGAGGUGAAAAACUCAGCUCGUUCAGUCUGUUUUAAUUGUUUGGAGUUUAUUUUUGUGGGCUUUUUCCUUUUUUAUCUGGUUUUUGGUCGAGGUGUUACACUGUUGAGAAGGGUUUGGUUUGGGGAAGAUCUCUCAGAAGGUGACAUUCUACAUUUAUCGCUUAUUUACAAAACAAAUAUUUUUAUUUGAUGUGCAUAUCAGCAUUCUUUGUUUGUUACAGCUAUGCACUGUAAAAUGCAGCCUUUUUAAGAUGAACUUUUCUUAAUCGAGAAUGUUGAUCUGUAGAUGAUGUAUAACCUAAAUAGUGUUUAGAAGUGAUUUGAUUGUAAAAAUACAUAUGGAGAUUUAUCACUCUUUUUUGGGUUAGCAUGCAACAAUUGUCUCUGUUUUUCAUUUCUUAUUUUUCUUUUUUCAUUUCAAAACUCCAUGUGAAGUUUUAUCUGAUUUUGAAGUUGUUAACUUUUAAGUUAAUAACUAUUAACUAUUAGGUGUUUUCCCUAUAUACAUGCAGUGUGUAAGAUAGAGUUUAUGUUCACUAUUGUAUAAAAAAAAAAAACAGAUAAGCCCCAAGAUAUAUUUUUUAUCCUUUAUAUCUUGAAGGAAUUAAGAGCUUUUAUUUAAUUUCUCUGUGCACACGAAUCAUUUUUAUUGUUCUUGUUUGAUUAUACACUUUCACAAAGAGAUAAUUACUCUUUUAACACAGAAUUACUCAUGCUUAUUUAUGUAUUUAUCUCAGUAUUCUAAUCUAAAUAUUUAUGGCAGCCAUCUCACGUGAUGCGCCUUACAAAUUUUGCUAUUUAUAUUAUUUGUUAUUCAACAAUGACUGGAAAGGAUGUAAAUUUAAAAGUUCUAAGAAAUGUAUUUUUUUUUUUUUUUUUUAUAAAUGCCUUCAGAGAUAGAACAAAAAGAACAUAUUGUAUAGGCUCAUAAUGAAUUUUGCUGCUCCAAACUUGUUUUUCUAGCUCUAAAACACUUUUAUUACAUGAAGCAAUAAAAUAAUUUUGCAGGUAUUUUGUUGUACCACAGAAAAUCUGUCUUUGCUCCACACUGUUGAUUAUGUGAAUGCCAAACUAAAGUUUACAAUUUUCU